CGCGUGAAUGUGACGUCAUCACCACGGGACACUGAAGAGGGACUUGGGAGAGCAUUUCUUUCAAAACAAACGUGUUUUAGUGAUGCUCAGAGCUCUUCAGUGAUUGGCAUCAUCGUUGUGACAUGGAGCCAGAUGGGGACCUCAACCCAGACGCAGAUGACCUCCCGCUUCGAGCUAAUACUAAACACAUACUUGUCAGACAUUAUGUGUUGGACCUGAUGGUUCAUUGUGACAAGAGGGUCAUCAGUGGAAGUAUUGUUCUUUUUUUGGAGCCUUGCUCUUCAGGGGGGGCUAAGGCUGAGGAUGACAUUGAGCCUGAAGCUGGUGACAUUGGGACUAAAUAUCAAGACACUGCUGCACUCGGAGAAGACGCAGCACGCACUGAGAGGACUGAAACAAGGAUGGAGAAGAUACGUGACACAGGAGACGAUACCGAAGGUGACAGCCGUAACAUUCAGGCUUCACAGUUGUGGCAAACCACCAGUUGUGCGGAUUUCACCUUCGUGUUGGACUGCUGUGAUCUUGAUGUGUUAAAGGUGGAGGAGGUGGACGUCACUCCUCUGUCAGAUGUGUUGGGCCUCCCGUCAAACCUUGCAUCAGAAAGGUCACAACUGGCCCUCAUCCAGAACCUUUUCUCCAUUCCCUCUACGCAGUGGAGGCAGAAGCAUCGGUUGUUUUCGCUUUGUAGCCGUGCUCCGGGUGGAGACUCGCUGCAUUUUUACAGAGAUCGUUGGAGUCUGCAGGUGAGGAAGGCAGGCGUCACCACACCUCAAGAGUUCCCUCGUGUUGUCAAGAUCUCCUACAAGACGACGCCAUCAGGAGGCUCGGUGAGGUGGACCAAUGACCAGGACCACAGGAUGUGUGUUUACACUGCCGGUUCUCCCAUCAACAACCGAGCCCUCUUCCCCUGCCAGGAGCCGCCUGUUGCCAUGUCAACGUGGCAGGCAACCGUACGGGCCCCUAGUGAGUGUGUGGUUUUGAUGAGUGGAGAGGAGCAGGCUGUUCCUGCUGAGGACGGGGACACACAUUUCUUAAUCUGGAAUUAUUACGUCACAAUGCCCAUGCCUGCAUCCACCUUCACUCUGGCCGUGGGCCACUGGCACCAAGUCCCAGCAGAAACCCCUCCAGCACUGAAAAAAGUGGCUGAAGUCAGUCCGGAUCGUGGUGAAUGGACCGAGCCUGAGCUUGUGACAGAACCUGCAGGAUUUUCUGGUGAAAACCAAAAGAGCUCCCAGCUUCAGACUGGCAGAGGAGACCAGGCAACCAGCUCCGACUCUGCACGCUGUCACUCCUCCCAUGAGGAUGAGAAGCUCUCCGCAACUGAUUAUCCAGGCAUGGCAGAUGACGCCAUCUCUUGUUCCCAUGGCGACUACCCUUGCCGGUUUUCCGAGCGGUCGGCUGGGUCCCAGCGGGUGAUUCCACACCGUGUAUUUAGCCCCGUCUGCCUGCUCCAGAAGGCCCAGAUGGGAGUCUUAAAGCUGCUGCCUCGAUGUUUGGCCGCGGCUCACGCUGUCCUCGGGGUGCACCCGUUUCCCCGUCUGGAUGUUCUUAUUGUCCCUGCAGGGUUCUCCAGUCUGGGCAUGGCCAGUCCCCAUAUCAUCUUCCUGUCCCAGAGUGUGUUGUUCCCUGGAAGUCCUGGUUCUGGAGUGAGCAGCCUGUCUCUGUGUGGCUCCAGGAUCUGCCACGAGAUCGCUCACUCCUGGUUCGGCCUGGUCAUCGGAGCCAGGGAUUGGACCGAGGAAUGGAUCAGCGAGGGUUUUGCUACCUGCCUGGAGGACAUUAUAUGGGCCCAAGCACAACAACUCUCUUUAAAAGACAAAGCAGAACAAUUUGAACUGAAGGCGUUACUGAGGUGGAGGCGACUUUCUGAUGAGUUGCAGAACUCAAAAGAGGAACUUCAGAUCCUCAGACCCAACAUGGACAGGACUGGUCAGGUCAGUGACUCGGGCUCCUCGACGGUUAAACACGCCCUUAACCCUGACAAAACCUUCAUGCAAGUCCACUACCUCAAGGGCUAUUUCCUCCUGAAAUUCUUGGCCAGUGAAGUGGGGGAGCAGCAGCUAGUUGACUUUUUCAGAUUAUUUGUGAGAAAAUAUCACGGACAGCUUAUUUUAUCUCAGGAUUUCCUCCAAAUGUUCCUGGUUACCUUUCCCCAAAUGGAAAGAAAAAGCCUCACCCUCGGGGGUAUUUACGCCAACUGGCUCGAUCGGCCGGGAAUUCCAGAGUGGCUGCACGAAGGGAGCGCCGCGUGGUCACGGGCGAGGCUGGUGGAAGAAGUCAAAGCAGAGGUUGUAAAAUGGAUUCUCUUCGGUCGGAGUCACCAGAGGAAGGGCAGAAAGCGGAAGAGAAUGGAACCCAAGGUGAACUACAAAGAGCUGAUGUCGGACCAGCUGGUCGUGCUUUUGGAGCUUCUGCUGGAAGAAUCCGAGCUGAGCGUUACUUUACUGCGUGCUCUGCAGAGGACCUACAGACUACGGGAACAAGAUGCUGAGGUUCGACAUCGCUGGUGUGAGCUAGUAAUAAAGCAUGCUUACUCUCCAGGUUACAGAGAUGUAGAACACUUUCUGAUUCAUGAUCAGGCCAUGGGUGUGUAUCUUUACGGGGAGCUGAUGGUUCGGGAAGACCCUGAGCAGCAGGCUCUGGCUCGCCGCUGCCUGUCAUUAGUCCAGGAGGAAAUGGACCAAUCAGCACGCAGAGUGGUGGAGGAGAUGAUCCUGUAACGCUGGAGGUUUCAGACGGUGGAUGGAAAUGCUGGUCGAUCCAUGGUCCAUCCCUCACCUCCUCGUUCUCAAGGAGUCCAGAAACACCAGAAGGCUGCAUUCAGACUCUACAGCCAACUGGAGAGGUUCGGUCCAGCCAAAGCGCCAACUACAAGCUGUUGAUGAAGACAUCGUUGUCAGGCAGAAAUAUCCCAUCUUUCCACCCAUUUCUGGUCCUGUAACGGCAAAAGUGGAUUUCAUGGAUAAAAGCCUGGUGCCUCAAGUCACGUUUAAGAAUCUGAGCUGCUGUGUUUAAGUUGAUGCUGUUUGUGUAGGCGUGUUUAAGGAUGAGUUCAUGUCUGUUUAGUCUGAAAUCAGGAUCUUCAUCUUUGGAGCCGAGCCUGGAAAUUCUUUCAGGUACACAAGUACUUUUUAUUACAAAUGAUCUAACUCCGGUUUGCAAAUCAUGGAAAAACAUCGCCUCUCAGGGUAUUUUUGCUGUCUGAGGUUAGAUUUUGUGAGUGUUUUGCAACAAUAAUUUGAUCCUUUAAUGUUGGAAUAAAUAUGUUUACAUAAAAUGCA